CGACGAGCGUCUCGUGGCGGACCGACCUGCUCACGAAAAUACCACACAAAUGCAGAUUCCCGGGCGCAGGAGCCCACCGUGCACGCGGCAGAGCCCGAGCGCCAAGGCUGACGUCGGCCUCGAAGCAUCGUGGACGAGCGGCUACACCUCGCCCACGUCAUCCCUCAACUCCGCGGGCGCUGUGGCCACCGCCAACCCCGGCGGCACGUCAUCACUCAACCCCGGGCGGAGGCGGCGGCGCUGGCUGCUCUUCGGCUGCGGCGGCUCGAGCGCAGAGUCAGAGGGCUGGGAGUCCGUGCGGCAGCUGCCCAGUGCGGAGCCCGGGGCCGUGGGUGAGGCGCCGCUGCUCCCCGGUCUGGCUGCGCUGCUCAGCAAGCCGGGGGCGGCGGCGCUGCGGGCGCUCGGUGACAAGGGCGACGAGGGGACGGGUGCUCGCUCCUCGCUUCCGCUCGAGGGCGGCGCCGUGCUGCUGCACCACUGGCCGCUCGGCCUCGCGCUGACCUGCGUCGGCGGCGCCGUCGACGAGGUGGAGGUGUUUUGCGACCGCCACCCCUUCCAGCAGCGGCCGCCCGGCCGCCAGCUCCUUCCCGGCGUCUCAUUCGGCUCGUGUCGCGCCGCCGUCGAGGCUGCGCUCGGCCCCCCCAUCGGCGAGGGGUCGGGCUGCAAGGGGGGGUGGCUCUUCUACGGCCCGUGGCGGCUGCCCGGCCGCAAGAAGCGGGGCCUCGUGACGCUCGCCCUCUGGUUCGGGGAGGGGGCGGCCGGCGGCGGAGGCGGUCCUGAGGCCGGCGGCCCCGGCCGCAGGACAGAGCUCGAUCCGGAGAGCGGGGGAGGCGGCCGGAGGGCGCCGCCCGGGGCGGAAGCGGAGAGGGUGGGGGGCGCGUGCGAGAGCGGGGGCGGGCUGCAGGCGGUGCGGCUCCUCCGCUCCGACGACCGCUCCCUCUGGCGCUCGACGCACGCGGUGCGGGAGGCUUCCCUCCGGACGGCAGACGCGUGCAUCGCGGACGCGCAGCAGGGCGAGGCGGGGCGAGGCGAGGCCGAGGCGGGCGGGGCGGAGGAGGGGCCGCAGUGGCG